AGGAAACGAAUGUGAUAUGCAUGGUGUUGAGUUCUUGCGCUAUGCAACCGGCGUAUUAUUCUUUGCACUCGCUGUUUAUCAUCCUUACCCAUAUGGAGCAUAUGACCUUUCGACUAACUCUCCAUGUAUCUCAACACUAUGCAUUCAUGGAUUACGUGUGUAUCACAUAUACACACAUUUCUAUGGGAGUUGGAAUCUAUCAAAUUCGUGUUCUACCGCAAGGCUUGACCUUACGCCUAACUCCUAGUAUAGACUCUACAAGACAGGGAGGACAACAUUCAAUACGUGUCUGCUACAAUUGCUUGAGCUUUUGGAUUUGCUUUGCCCAGUCAUAUAUAGCACCGUCGUUUGGAAUCAGCGGAAGUCCGACGAUACGUGAGCCCUUGUCACGAAUAGAUGGUACAAUGCAAGAAAACCUCGUCUUCCCUGUACAGAAAGAAGCGUCCAAUUUUGUAGCCUUAGUUGCAUGUUGUAUGAAACUUUACGCAUUAUUCUCAUUUAUGUAUGUUUCCCUAUAUGAUGCAGUUACAAUAAAUAUGUUCAUGCGGAUUUGUAUUUGCUUAUAUCAAGGAUAG